GCGACCCUUCCGGCCCGGCGUUGUCGACCUUCCGAAGGCGGAAGGAAGAGGCGCGAAGCGGUACCGGCCGCAGGAGAGAUUCCACCUCCACCUCCGUCGCGUGCUCCACUGUCACCGAGAAGAGAGCACCUCGGCCGAAGCCUCAGUUACACGCCACGGGGUUGCGAAGGCGGACGCGCUCGCUCCAUCCUCUUCGGCCGCGCCGCGGAGGACGAGACCUCCCCCGCUCUCGUUUCGUGCACGUCCUUUCGCGCCCAUUAAGUCCCCGGGCUAAUUAAUCGGAGAAAUAAAUAUUUGCCCGUGACGACACGCCGCGUACGGUGCCGGUCGAUCGAUCUCCCUCUCUAUCUUCCCCGUCCGAGGGGGUUCGGACUCUUCACGCGAGUUUUCCCGCCCUUUCGAUGACGCACGCACGCGGGUGACGCCGUUCGGUUUGUUAAUUAACCGGACCAGCGUGGACCACCACCGGUGACCAGCGAGCGGCUGGAUUUCUCACGAAUCUCCCCCCCCGCGAUCGACGGCGAGGCUGUCCAGGUGCUCCCACGUGUGCGCUCGCGGUUCAAGGACGUCGGCAAAUGGACAAUCGAUUGAUAUCGAUAAGGAUAACGGCGAUAGCGCGAGGCCGGCACGAGCGCGAAACUAUAAGUCUCGGCUUCCGCGCCUCGUUUCGCCGGCGACUCGCGUGACACGCAGGCUCUAGUAGAUGAUACCGCGCGGAGAUCGUCUCACGCGCUCGCGUAAUUCGGACUCCGGAUGAGUAAUGGACGGGAAACGCGACGCUAACGUAUCACGCGACGAGUGAGCGACCGAACGACCGAUCGAUUGUUCGUUCCUUCGUUCGUCCUUCAGGACGAACAGACGGAAGGACGCAGCGCGCGAGACCUGGGACAUCCGUUCGGGAAGAAGAUUCGUAAGGAAAAGGGAAACGGGACACCGCAACGGUUCGACCGACCCGGCGAGGAGGAAGAGACGUCGCGCGAGUUUUAUGCGCGAGGCUGAAAGGUUUCUCGGGUGGCGAUCCGUGGAAACGGAAACCGAGACAUCCGCCACGGACGAGCCCGACACAGCUGCAGCUGAAGGGAACGAGACUCGGGGUGACAAAAAUCGAUCUUCAACAUUCGAACGCGAGCGAGAGGGAGAUCGACGGCGGAAGCGACGAGUCUGAUUCAACGAUACGAUCCUCGACGCGAGAAUAGAAGCGUGCGCGAAUCUAGAACGUAAAAAUAGAAACGCGGACAUUUAUCUAGCGAGACUUCCGAUUUCUCUGCCCUCGGCACGUGUGGCCCAGCGCCGUCGCGCCACUAAAUAUUCGACGGGGAUAUUAAUAAUCGCCAGUGGGACUCGCAAGAGAAUAUCGGACCUCCUCGGGGCAGCGAUGACUGUCGCCCGUAUCGCCGGCGAGUAUCGCGACGUCACGAUUGCCCCGAUCGAUCCCGCGGCGCGGUGCUGCGGCGUGCCUCCUCGCGAUCGCGAGGGACCGACGAGGAUCGCGCGCCGCCGACGGCGCGAAUAAAGAGGAUCUCAUCUAUCCCCCCCUUCGAUGGUCGUCGCGAUGGGAUUCCCGGCGAACGCGAGCGAGCCGCCGUUCGACUACCUGGACCGCGCCGGGCCGACGAACGCGUCGUCCGUGAGCGUGGGGCUGAACGUUCCGUACACCGUCUGCGAGAUCCUGGUCGCGAUCUGCGCCGUCUUCGGCAACGGCCUGGUGAUCGUCGUCUUCAGCAAGGAGCGGAAGCUACGCCGGCGCACCAACUACUACAUCGUCUCGCUGGCCACGGCCGAUCUCCUGGUCGGGCUGUUCGCGAUCCCGUUCGCGAUCCUCGCGAGCAUCGGCCUGCCGACGAAUCUGCACGCCUGCCUGUUCACCGUCUCGGUCCUCGUCGUCCUCUGCACCAUCAGCAUCUUCUGCCUGGUGGCGGUGUCCGUCGACCGUUACUGGGCGAUACUGUAUCCCAUGGGAUACUCGCGCACCGUGCGCACCAAAACUGCCAUAGGUAUAAUAUGCGUGUGCUGGGUAGCGGGCACCCUGGUGGGCUUCCUGCCGCUCUUCGGCUGGAACGCCGGCGAGACGAGCGACCACAGAUGCAUGUUCAUGGACGUCAUGGACUACGAUUACCUCGUGUUCCUGUACUUCGCCACGAUCAUCUUCCCCGCCCUGCUGAUCGCGGCCUUCUACGCCCACAUAUACCGGGUAAUCGUGAAACAGCUACAGCAAAUCGUCACGAUGGACCCCAGCGAACCAGGGGGCGGCGGUACCGUUCGCCGUCUCGGUGUCCUCCGUAUCGGCGGCCGCCUGGGCGGUAAUUAUCACCAGACGACCGGGACGAUGCUGCGCUGUCUUGGCGCGGCGCGCAAACGGGAGGUCAAGGCCACGCAGAAUCUCUCCCGCAUCGUCGUCUUCUUCAUCGUCUGCUGGUUCCCGCUGUACACGAUAAACUGCGUGAUUGCCUUCUGCCCGGAGUGCCAAGUGAACGACUUCUUCAUGAAAUUCUGCAUCAUCCUCUCGCAUCUCAACUCGGUCGGCAAUCCCCUCCUCUACGCCUACCACCUCAAGGACUUUCGCAUCGCCCUCAAGAACUUUGUCUGGCGAUUGCUCUUCCCGCACAGCGACGUCAAGUCCAGCGUGAUCAGCGUAAUCCACGAUCGGGGCUCCCUCGUUGGUUCGCAGAGGCAGCUUCAGAGGCGAUUCAGCGGCUUCGAUCAGCCGAGGAGUCAGAGGCCGAGCCUGCUACGCCAGGUGAUCGAUGGGAGCAGAAAGAUGGACGGCGCGUAUUUCGAAAGGCGCGUUUCGUCGAUUCGGACGAAAGAGACGAAAAACGAGCGCCAAAAUGCCACGGAUGUCUGCACCGCGGUCGGAAGUCCGGUUCUGAUGAGCAACUCCGCGCCGGCGACGAACAGACGGACGAGCGAGGAGGAAUUGGCCAGCGACGGCGACAUCGUCGACCGCAACGACGAUGCGAUCGACCGCGAGGUUUCCUCUUCGAUGGAACUGCAAACGUACAAGUCGCUCGCGCCGCUGCUGCCCGCGGAGGAGGACCGCGUCGAGGAAACGCCACCCGCGUCGAUCUUCGUGAUCGAGGCCGACGUGGUGAAUCACGUCUCACCCGAUCGUCUCCUCGUCCUGGAGGAAUCUCGGGAUAGAAUUGACGUUGCGGGCGGCUAAUAGAGCAACCGCGAGAGAGGUGAACUGGACAUUCUUUAGCAAACGGGACACUAUAGGAAAUUUGCAUUUAUUUAUCAAAAUCUCUCGGUGUGCCGAUUUAAUUUAUCGUCAGUCACUCGGCGAGCGCGCCGUAUGGCUCGCGUCAUACGUGUUUUAGCGCUUAAAUGAAUCACAUUAAAAUGUAUUACGCUGAAACGGAUCAAGCAGCGAUCUGCUAGAUCCUCGUAAAGACAAAGACAAAGACGGAGUGCGUGGAACGUCCGACUUUCUUUUUUUACCAUGUAUUGUAAAUAAAGCCUAGACUAGAGUAGGGCAAAUAUUGAGACAGUCGCGAGGACACCUGAGGAGAAGGACCGUGUUCUCCGCGAGGACAAUGCCGCAUCGUGUGCGGCGAUUCGUGCAAGAUUGCCGAGUGCUAAGUAUACCGACGCGGGGGACAAUAUACUUAAUGUUGCACAGCAGAACAGUGCACGUUGUGAUUGUGUAUGUGUGUGUGUGUGUCUACGCGUGCCUGCGUGUUCUCGUAGAACAUUUGCACGACGCUUGUGCAAUACUCCGUAUAUCGUAUGAUUGGCAUAACUAGACGACCGUCGCGCGCCAUUCCUCCCGCGUUUCCUCUUCAUACUCUUUAAGCUAGCGCCACACUAUUCGCGAUUCGUAUAAUUGUCAAUAGUGUGGAGGAAAAAUUGGAAAAAUUUCGCCAUUCGCAGAGAUUCGCUAGCCGAGCGAUGUUUUGAGGAAAAUAGUGGUUGUUUGACUAAUAUUGAAAACUUGACUAAUUGUAGACUUAUGAUACAAGUCCUGUAACAGGCAGAAGUUCAAAGUUGUCGAAGUUAACACGAACGAAACGACAAAUAACAAAUUACGAAUGAUAAACGACGCGGAGAGAAUUCUU